AGAGAAGCGCUCCUUCGGAGCCCCUUAUAUAAGGGAUGCCCAGUCAUCAGAGCAGCUGUUUUCGUGGUGCUGAUCAGACCCGUAGCGCGUCUGCUGAAGCCAGAGCACCUACAACCUCACAUAUUUCGUAGCCUGUCGGAGACAUGCGUGAGUGCAUCUCAAUUCACGUUGGCCAAGCUGGUGUGCAAAUCGGCAAUGGAUGCUGGGAACUUUACUGCUUGGAGCAUGGGAUCCAGCCUAAUGGCACCAUGCCAAGUGACAAAACAAUUGGUGGUGGAGAUGACUCAUUCAACACCUUCUUCAGUGAAACUGGUGCAGGAAAACAUGUCCCUCGUGCUGUGUUUGUGGAUCUGGAGCCAUCAGUGAUAGAUGAAGUGCGGACUGGGACAUAUAAACAGCUCUUUCACCCUGAACAGCUGAUUUCUGGCAAGGAAGAUGCUGCUAAUAAUUAUGCAAGAGGUCACUACACUGUAGGCAAAGAAAUAAUUGAUCUCGUAUUGGAGCGCGUCAGGAAACUGGCUGACCAGUGUACUGGCUUGCAAGGAUUCCUGAUCUUCCACAGCUUUGGAGGUGGCACUGGGUCAGGAUUCACUUCUCUGCUGAUGGAACGCCUCUCAGUCGACUAUGGAAAGAAAUCAAAAUUAGAAUUUGCCAUAUACCCAGCUCCCCAAGUUUCAACUGCUGUUGUUGAGCCAUAUAACUCCAUCCUUACAACCCACACCACCCUCGAACAUUCUGACUGUGCCUUCAUGGUUGAUAAUGAAGCAAUCUACGACAUUUGUCGUAGGAAUCUGGACAUCGAACGGCCUACCUACACUAACCUCAACCGCCUCAUUGGUCAGAUUGUUUCUUCAAUCACCGCCUCUCUCAGAUUUGAUGGCGCCUUAAAUGUGGAUCUGACAGAGUUCCAGACAAACCUGGUGCCUUACCCCAGAAUCCACUUCCCUCUGGUAACCUAUUCCCCCAUUAUCUCAGCAGAGAAGGCCUACCAUGAGCAGCUCUCUGUCUCUGAGAUCACCAAUGCCUGCUUUGAGCCAUCCAACCAGAUGGUGAAAUGUGAUCCCCGCCAUGGCAAGUACAUGGCUUGUUGUAUGCUGUAUCGUGGAGAUGUUGUCCCCAAGGAUGUCAAUGUUGCCAUUGCCGCUAUCAAAACGAAGCGUUCCAUUCAGUUUGUUGACUGGUGCCCUACUGGUUUUAAGGUGGGUAUUAAUUACCAGCCUCCGACGGUUGUUCCUGGUGGCGACUUGGCCAAAGUCCAGCGUGCAGUCUGUAUGCUCAGCAACACCACAGCCAUUGCAGAGGCCUGGGCCCGCCUGGACCACAAAUUCGACUUGAUGUAUGCCAAGCGUGCUUUUGUCCAUUGGUAUGUCGGAGAAGGAAUGGAGGAAGGGGAGUUUUCGGAGGCCCGAGAAGAUCUGGCUGCACUUGAGAAGGAUUAUGAAGAAGUGGGCACAGACUCCUUGGAUGGUGAUGAUGAAGGCGAGGAGUAUUAGACUUGCACGCAUGUCUGUUAUAUGGCUGUUACCAUUUGCUACUUUGUAAUAAAGUAAAUGGGGAGCAAAUCUCAAAUGUAAACAGUACACCUGGCAUUCCAUGCCAGAGCGCUUGGAAUAAACACUUUUAUAACUGAGUAUCUUGCCAGUUGAUGAUGAUGCAAGCAUUAAAGCAUUCAGCUGGAUGAAAACAAAAAAAACCACCUUGCUAUUUACUAACAUGGAGUACUUGUCUCAUUGCUACAUGCCCUAAACACUUGAAGCAGGCAGAUUUUAGGGAGAGGAGAUAGAUCAUUGGGAAGAAGUUGGGUUACAUUGGUGGCUUAGCCACUAACAAGCUUCGGUGGUCAAUUUGCUUGCUCCUGCACUAGCAAGUAGUUGUUAACAAACAAAAAGCCAAGCUGUUUUCCAACGUGUUUGAAAAUGUUAAUCAUUGUUGUGAGUAGUGCAUAUAAAUUCUACUUAUAGCUAAUGAAAUACUCCAUUCCUAGAUAUGCUUAUUCGGAAUUGCCAAAUUGCCAUAAGAACCAAAACUUUUAACUGUUGUAAUUGGUCUAAUUAAAAGUAGAAACAAAAGAGUAAAUGGCCAGCCCCUCACAACCUGCUCACCCACUGGAGGGAAAAUGCACCUCCAGAACAAGAUACUACAUGCAAUAGGACAAAAGAGGGUGUUGAAGAUGAGAAAAGGGGAAGAGAAGCUGGCAGAAGAACCCAGGUAAGAUGAAACAAAAUAAAAAAAUUCUUCCAACAGCACCUUAGAGACCAACUAAGUUUGUCAUAGGUAUGAGCUUUCGUGUGCAUGCACACAUCUAAAGUAAUCAGAUAGUAUCGAAGGUCUGUUUGUGGCACAUGGCUGCUCAAAUUCUACUUAGUUAUCAUAUAAAAUGUCUGAGGAGGCAGGGGGUAGGCCUUAAAAUCACAUAUAAUUGACUAGAUCACUUAAAUUGUGGAGUUCUGCCACUGGUUACUGUCUGGCAAUGUGUCAGAGAUCUAAUAAAUGUUGUCUUUGUUACUA